AUGGUGAAUGUACUAAUGGUGGCUGAGAAGCCAUCAUUAGCGCAGUCGAUUGCGGAGAUCUUGUCAAACAGAAAUAUGUCUACCAGGCCGGCGAAGACUGGCGGCCCAUGCAAAGUUCACGAGUACAAGGGACAGUAUAAAGGCAAGCCAGCGACAUUUAAAGUCACCUCGGUUUGCGGUCACGUCUUCUCAAUCGACUUUGAGUCCAAGUUCAACAACUGGGACAAGACCGACCCGGCCGAGUUGUUCUCCGCGGGGACAGUGAAGGACGAGGCAAAUCCAAAAAUGCACAUGAGAAAGCAUCUGAAGACGGAGUCUUCCAGCUGCGAUGAGUUGGUUUUGUGGCUGGAUUGUGAUAGAGAGGGAGAAAAUAUCUGUUUUGAAGUGAUGAGCUGCAUCCCUCACAUUCGUGGAAACAGCGUCAAAAGAGCUCAUUUCUCCGCAAUUACCGACAAAGACAUCAAAAAAGCAAUGAACAAUCUCGGCUCUCCCAACAAACUCGAGUCCCUAGCUGUCGAUGCUCGACAAGAACUAGACCUUCGUAUCGGCUGUGCAUUCACUCGAUUUCAGACGAAAUUCUUCCAGGGCCAAUAUGGAGAUUUGGAUUCAAAUUGCAUCUCAUACGGGCCUUGUCAAACUCCAACCCUUGGAUUCUGCGUCGAGCGACACGAUCAAAUCACGAAAUUCAAGCCGGAGAAAUUCUGGAGAAUGAAUUUAGCCGUGCAGACAGAAAACUCCGGAAACUUAUAUGCGGAAUGGCAACGAGGGCGAAUUUUUGACCAAGGCAUCGCGAAUAUGCUCCAUAGCAAAGUGAAGAAUAUCAAAUCUGCGAUUGUCCAAAGUGUAACGAAGAAAGCGAAAGCGAAACAAAGACCAGUUGCGUUGAAUACAGUCGAGCUGUUGAGGGUUUGCUCGGCCAAGUUGGGAAUUGGGCCUGCUCAGGCGAUGGUCAGUGCUGAGAGGCUUUAUACACAGGGUUACAUUUCCUACCCUCGAACAGAAACCACCUCAUACUCUCCAAACUUCGACUUUCGCCCUAUCAUUUCAAUGCUGCAGCAUUCCGGCCCUCAUUCUGCCGCUGCUCAAGAAUUACUGACUGGCUCUUCUCCCAACCCAAGAAAAGGCGAAGACAAAGGUGACCAUCCACCAAUCACUCCUCAACGAAAUUGCUCUGAGUCCGAAGUUGGCGGUGAAGCUUACCGAGUUUAUAAUUACGUUGCCAGCCACUUCCUGGCUUCCUUGAUGAAAGACUAUAAGUACGAGCAGACGGAAAUUACUGUCAAAGUGGGCAAUGAAACGUUUUAUCUGACGGCGAACCGGGAGAAGGAAAAAGGCUUUGCUCUGGCGAUGACAAAUGUUGGAGUCGAGGAAUCCGUUUUACCGGAUGUUCAAAAAGGAAGUUCGCUAAAUGUAUCAUCAUGUCAAUUGGAAGAAAAAUACACUGGCCCUCCAGAUUACCUAACAGAGUCAGAUUUAAUUACCCUUAUGGAAAAACACGGAAUCGGAACCGACGCCUCCAUCCCCGUCCACAUCAAUAACAUCGUCCAAAGAAACUAUGUUCAGCUCGUUUCGGGAAGAAAGCUCGAGCCGACAGAACUGGGGGUCGUUCUAGUCCAUGGAUACAAGAAGAUCGAUCCCGAUUUGGUCAAACCGCAGAUGAGAGCGUCAGUAGAAAAGCAACUUGAUUUGAUUGCCCUUGGAAAGACGGAUUUUAAAACGAUGGUCGAUUAUGUCUUGAAUAUUAUGCUAAGAAAGUUUCACUACUUUGUGGAUCAUAUAAACAUGAUGGAUUCGCUCAUGGAGACCAAAUUUACUUCUUUGAGUUCAGCUGGCAAGCCGUUUUCAAAGUGUGGCAAAUGUAGACGUUUCAUGAAGCUAAUCGAAGCAAAGCCGGUGCGCUUAUACUGCCCUACAUGUAGCGACACUUACAGUCUUCCAAGUGGCCUCCACAUAAAGUUAUAUCAGGAGAAAAAGUGUCCUUUGGAUGAUUUUGAGCUUCUGCUCGCCGCGUCUGGCGGCUCUAGCUCAACUGGAUUUGCCAUCUGUCCGUAUUGUUAUAAUAAUCCACCGUUCCCGGGUAUGCCAGAUCCGGCGCCUUGUUCUUCUUGCUUGCAUCCUAGUUGCUCGCAAAGUUUGAGGCGAACGGGGGUCACUGCGUGUUCUGAGUGCGAUGAUGGAAUUAUUUAUUUGGACCCAAGCUCAAAACCAAAGUGGCGUCUUUCGUGUAACAACACAAAUUGUAAAGUUGUUGUGAAAAUAUUCGAGGGAGCGCACAAAGUAGACGUCCUGGAUGAAGCCUGCAAAACUUGUGAAACGAAGAUCUUGUUCUGCGAGUUUAAAAAUGGCAAGGAACCGAAAGCGCUGGAAGGUGCCUCGACGCACAAAGGAUGUAUCUUCUGCGACGCAAUCUUUUCCAAGCUCGUUUCUAUGCUCACUUCGGACAUUGGCGGGUUGGUAUGCAUCGCGCUGGUGUACCUUUUCGUCGGUUAUGCUAAUUUCGUCGUAAUCUUUCAUCUUGCUUCGCCAUGCUUUUCAUUGCCAGCAGCCUUGACUUUCUGUAUAAUAUUUGCUGUAUUCUCUAUCGGCCUUAUUGCGUCACACCUACAGUGCAUGCUCAAUGAUCCUGGAUACGUCCCGGUUCCUGAUGUCAAAAUUGACUUUUCUGAUACUGGUUCAAGAAAAGUAAGGGAUGAUGAUUGGACUGUUUGCCAGCGAUGCGAGAUGUGGCGACCACCAAGAGCCUAUCACUGUAAAGUAUGUAAACGUUGCGUGAGAAAAAUGGACCAUCACUGCCCAUGGGUUAACAACUGUGUUGGCGAAAAGAAUCAGAGAUUCUUCGUCCUGUUUCUUGUUUACACGCUUCUGCUUUGCGCAGUUGCUGGCAUAGUUAUUGCACUGAGCUGGCGACUUAUCUGGGAGAUGGAAUACUCUGCACAUGCCCCUCACGCGAUGGGUCUUCUUAUAGAAGCGUCUCUAAUGGGCGUGUUUUCGAUUAUGAUUUUGAUGGAUCAAGUCUCUUCUAUCAUUUCUGACGAGACUGCUGUAGAAAAUAUGAAAAGAAGCCGUGGCAAAUUAGCAGCCAAAGCCGCAAAUACCCAAAAGCCAACUCCAAUCGCGCUGCUUCGUGGAAUCUUUGGCCCUGGUGCAUAUUGGACUUGGCUCAUCCCAAUUCCAAAGCGAUCUACUGGCUAUGUUCAUCUUAUUUAA